AUGGAUUUUCCACCCACUCCUAAAUUGUCACUUUCAGAAACAGAAGAAGGGGAGAUAGUUGAAGAUUUUGAAACAGGAGGUGAAGAGGCCAAUAAUAUAGGUAAAAUAAAUAUAGAAGUUACAAAUAAUAUAGCUGGUUUACCCGCUCCCAGUCAACCUUCUCCUCAAAGUCAGGAGAGCGAAGACUCUGGCAGAACUCGGCGAAAUUCAGUAAGCAGAGAUAAAUAUUUUACUGCAGAAUCUAGUCGACGUAAAAGAGACAACAUUGAUAAAGAACGUAAAAGUAAAGAAGAAACUCGUACUACCUCUUCUAAACAUACUCGAAGCAGCCGACAUUCUGAUCGUGAACAUGGACACCAUAGAAGCUACAGUAGACGAACACACCACCAUGAAAAAAAGAAAAGUGUAAUUGAAGAAGGUGAUAAAAGUCGUAAGGACGGUUUAGGUAAAAGUAACUUAAACUCGACCGAAUCUAUGAUCGUCGAAAUUGAUGACAAUCAUAGCGAUAUAUCCACCGAUCGUAUUGAACCUUCUGCAUCAUCUCUACGUAAAAAUAAACGCAGCAGAGACGAAUUGUCCACUGACGAUGAAUCUCAUAAUCAUACAUCCUCUCGUUCAUAUAUAUCUUCUCGCCACAGUGAACGACGUCAAUACGUAAGCCGAAGAGAUAAGAAUACGAGAAGUCGACACGAAACUGAUCGUGACCAAUGGUAUACACACAGAGACUCUAUCAAAGGGAGUGAUCGAAAGGAUAAAGGAUACGGUAAAGAGUCCGAAAUAGGAUAUGGACGAGAUAGAGAACAACAUCGAGAAGUCUCUAAAAGGUACAAUGACAGUCGUGGUGGCUCUCAUGGACGUCGCAUCAUUGAAUACGAUGUUAUUGAUGUUCCUACUGGAACAAUUAUUAGUCAAUCAUCAUCUUCUGCUUCGUCAUCGUUGAUGCCUGUUUCUCAAUCAAACGGAAUCCAAACAUCAAAAAUAGAGCAGCCAGUUACCGAAGAAACGGUGGAACCAGAUCUCGAACCAGAAAUGGAUGAAGAAAGAUUGAUAGAGGAAAGGCGUAAACGUAGAAUUGAAAUUUUACAAAAAUAUAAAAAUAAGAAAACUGAGACUUUGACACUCAACCUUGAUAAAAAUACGUUACCAGAUACCAAUACAUCCGAUGCCAUACAAAUGAAAAUUGAAUCGCAAGAUACGUCGUCAUUAACAUCGCCUGUGACUACUCCCACAACACCGACGGUAUUUUCUUUGACCAAAGGUGAAAGUAUAGUUGAUGAAUUUGUUAUCGGUGAAGAUCAACCCGGGUUCUCUGCGGCCGAUUAUGAUCCCACAAAGGAUAGAAUAGCAGACGAUGAAAGACAACUUCAUCACAAAUCUGUAAAAGAAUUAGAAUUGACAAAACCCAUGGAUAUUGAAGAAGAAAGAUUCCAACGUGAUGAAGAUAAUGUUGAUAUAUUUGCUGCUGAUUAUAAAGAAACCGUGAAUGAAAGCAAUCGCCAAGAUCUCAUAAACACUAAUAUUACAAAUAAAAAAGAUGAAUUUGAUAUGUUUGCUGACGAUGAUAUGUUUGCUCCGACUCCAGAGUCAAAAAAUACUGUCUCACAAUCGAUACCGAUUGUCAAAACAGUACCUGUUGUAGUUCAAGGCGAUAACGUUGGACUAGUAGACAAUUAUGAUGAUGCUGAAGGCUACUAUCGUGUACUACUUGGAGAAAUUCUGGAUAAUCGUUACCAUGUGUACAGUAAUCUUGGUAAAGGAGUAUUUAGUUCUGUUGUUCGAGCUAAAGAUAAUUUAGAAGGGAACGAUGUUGCAAUUAAAAUUAUACGUAACAACGAUACAAUGUAUCGUGCCGGAAUGAAAGAACUGAAUAUCUUAAAGAAACUUGGCGCCGCUGAUCCAGAAAAUAAAAAACACAUUAUUAAACUUUAUCGACAUUUUGAUCACAAAGGGCAUCUUUGUUUAGUAUUUGAAUCUUUGAGUAUGAAUUUGAGAGAAGUAUUAAAAAAAUUUGGUAAAGACGUUGGUAUCAACAUUAAAGCUGUUCGUAUAUAUGCUCAGCAACUUUUUUCAGCUCUUUCGCUCCUAAAGAAAUGCAAUAUUUUGCAUGCAGAUAUUAAACCUGAUAAUAUAUUGGUGAGUGAAUCAAAGAACACACUUAAAAUGUGCGACCUUGGCUCCGCAUCUGACGCGUCUGAAAACGAUAUCACGCCGUAUCUUGUCAGUAGAUUCUAUAGGGCUCCUGAAAUUAUUCUUGGGCUCCCGUAUGACUACGCCCUUGAUAUGUGGUCGGUUGGUUGUACCCUAUAUGAACUAUAUACAGGCAAGAUACUAUUUCCUGGACGAAGCAACAACCAAAUGCUAAAAUUGAUGAUGGAAUUAAAGGGGAAAUUUCCGAAUAAAAUGCUUAGAAAAGGACAAUUUGUAGAUCAACAUUUUGAUCAUGAAUUAAAUUUCUUAGCAAAUGAAACAGAUAGAAUAAGCAAUAAGGAGGUCGUUAAAACCUUUGUUAUUAACAAACCCACAAGAGACUUAAAAACGCGACUUCUUUCAAAAACGUCUCACAUGAUGGACGAAGAUUUUCGUCUAUUAACAGCCUUUGUCGAAUUGCUCGAAAAGUGCUUAAAUCUUAAUCCGGAGAAGAGAUUGACGGUUAGGGAAGCUUUAUUGCAUCCUUUUAUUACCGGCAAA